GAGAGUGGUAUCCUGUCUUGCUAUUGGUUUUGCACACAGAUUUAAUUAAUUGUUGGCAGUUUGGCACGAUGCUUCCUCCGCGUUCAAAGAAGCAAAAAUUGGCCGCCGAUGCGGACGCGGACGACACCGCCGACUUCGCUUCCCUACCGCGAGACGUCCUCGGCAGCAUCCUGCUCCGCUUCCCGGCGAGCGACGUCCGCCGCUUCCGUCGCGUCUGCAGGGACUGGCGCGACGCCAUCUCCGAUCCGGUGUUCAUCGCCGAGCACAUGCUCCACGGCCCGCGCGCGCCCACCCACACCGUCGUCUUCUACCCGGGACGAGUCAAAGGCGCUGCUGGCCAAGAGCCGCUCAGCGGCGGCGGGUUCCUCUUCGACGAGCAGUGGAGGCUCACGGCCAGGUUCGCUGUCGACGGGUCGGUGGACAUGAUCGGCACGUGCAAGGGCCUGCUCUGCUUCCGCGACAAACUCCAAGGCGAAGGCGUCAUCUGUGUCGUUGAACCCUUCGCCGAACCCUUCGCCGGCAACUCCAUCGUCCUGCCGCUGCCGCCUCGGGGAGACCCAGCGACGUGCAGCGCUCGCGCCUACUGCUUCGGCUUCGACGCUGCUACUACGAGGCGAUUCAAGAUCGUACACGUCGACUUCGACGCCGCUGCCAACACCGUGACCGACAUCCAAGACCAAGAGCUGCAGGUGUUCACGGUCGGAGUGGACACGCACUGGAGGACCGUGCCCUUCUCCUGCGCGGUGCACGGCCUGUCCUACGACUUCCCGGCGUGCGGCGACGGAGCCGUGUACUGGCACAGCAAGGCGGUGGCAGACGGGGCCAUCAUGAACGUGCGCUUCGAUCUGGUCACCGAGAACAUCACAUCGGUCCGGGGCCAGGUCGAUGCCCGGAGGCCGGAGGGGCCAAUAUCUUGCCGCCCCGCGCACUGGUUGCCGCGGCAAUGCGUCAUGGGGAUCAAGUGGUUCGGAGAGUGGGAAGACGGCUGCUGGCCGUGCAAUGUCACCGCCGUGCCGCACGCCGUGUACGGGCGGCACCUCCCAGGCCCGCACACCCUGCAGCGGGGGCGCCUGCUGCUGCAGGAGGAGGAUGGAGCUCUGCGCGCCCAAGAGAUUAAAGGGAGCAGCAUGAGUGAUCUCUACGUGUGGUUCAACUUCGGACCGAAGCAACUGAUUGAGAUAGGCAUCAAGGAAGAGGAUCCUGCCGAGAGAAACCAGUUUGUCCCAGUUCGGGGUCGGCACUGGCCGAGCAAGUUCGAGGUAGGACGACUCCCGCACGAACAGUGCGAUCUAAGCACGUUUGCAUAUAUCCCAACGGUGUCACCUACUCCCUUUGCAAUGUACCUAGGCACACCUCUUCAAGAUCUGUGCAAACUCUAAUGCACCAAACUACACGGUCCAACAAAUAUCCCCUGGAUCCAUCCGAUACAACUAUUGUGAGAGGUACUAUCUGGGGUUUUCAAUUCAGAACUAGCGUGUGUAAUUUAAUUAGCACUUAGUAAUGAUAUUUUGGGUGUUUGUGAUGGUAAAUAUCACACAUAUAGAAGUUUGAUUGAUGUAGCCAACACAGAAUCCUGUGUGCACAUUUUGGAGCAAGAUGCCUCUGAUGGUUGAUGCUAA